ACAGCCGAAAAGCACUUGAUACAGUAUGGAGAAAGAGAUUGCUUUGCAACAUUGACGAAAUAGGUAUAAAGGGAAAGUUAUGGACAUUGAUAGAUGACUGCCACAUUGAUACGAAGAGUGCUGUAAUUGUAAAUUACCAACAAUCAGACUGGUUCCCAGUUGAACAAGGACUACGGCAAGAACAGAAAUUUAGAAGAAAAUGUACCAUGCAAGUAAAAAGCUGCUGGCGAUUCGCCGACAGUUAAAACAGAUGCAAUCUCAGUAUGAAAACGGAACAGACGAGGAGGAACCAAUACAAGCCGCGGAUUCUAAUGGCUGUCAUGGGGCUGAAUUGACGGACACGACUGGUGAAUCUAAAAGUCAGCCCAACGUCAAUUUCUCAGCGCCAAUGAUCAUUGACCAGCAGGAUGAGGCAGAAUCCAACAUCAUGGAUAUGGAAACCACGUUAGAAUCCCUGACGCAAUGCACCACGGGUAAAAUCGACGACAUUCCCCUGUCCGAGGAACUCCGUUACGCCAUGUCAAAUAUGACAGAUUCGGAUGAUGUAGAUGAUCUCAUUGGAAACAUCAUUACCUCGGUGGAAGAAGAACCACUGUAUGAUGAUGAGCUGCAGACUGUGGAUCAUUCCAUCAUUCAACCGAGUGAUUACCUUGAGAACAUAGACAACUAUUUCCCGAACUCGGGGCAGACGACAGAAAUCACGGACACUUCACCGCAAGAUGACAGCAAUAUUUUCACGACGGGGAAUGAAGAAGAAAACUGGAGAAAAAACAGACAAAAGAAGGAUAACCACAAUAUAAUUGAAAGACGCCGCCGGUAUUACAUCAAUGACAGAAUCAAGGAGUUGGCCGAUCUUCUUCCUGCCGACGUCUCCCCAGAUCAAAAGCAGAAUAAAGGCUCUAUCUUGAUGGAGUCUGUGAAGCAUAUGAAGGAACUCAAGACAGACAGACAAAGGAUAGACAACCUGGAGGAAAUCCUGAAGCUGGUGAAUUCCAAUCAUCAGAAACUGCACAUCAGAAUUUCUCAGGUGGAAUUAAAAUUUAAAUUGUACACAUGGUCAGAGGAAUUCAAUGCCUUUAUAGAAAAGAAAAAGAAAAAUCCGAAGAAACGUUUAUCCGAAAUAAACACCAUGGUGGAAGAUCAUUUAAGACAGUGUAUGUUGGACUCUUCCCAACAGAAGAUCGAAACUACACCUCCUGAUACGAAGAAAAACCAGGUGCACUUCGUUGACAAAAAACCCAUCCAAGAUGUCAGGACUAGCGUGAGACAACACCUCAGUAAAAAGAUAUCGGCUGCAGAAGGACGUGCGACAGGAGGACGAGCGGAUGUAAACGUCAGCGCUUCCUUCAAUGGAGCGACUGCGCAGACUCACCCUGAAGUUCGCUCCAGUCUACCAUUACCAGAAGGUAGGAGCAAUGGUCAUCGUCUGGGAAAGAAUGUCGCACGUAAAACCACAACCUCCCCUCCACAUGUGAUGCAGCAGGACCGUGAUAACGAUAUCCAGCUUGAUUUUAAAGAAGAUGGAAAACAAGUCAUUGAGAUAUCUCAAGAGCAAUGCAAUAUUUUACUCGAAUUGUUUGAGAACCACCAAAACGGAAACGGAAAUGAACCAGUGCCCUGUGCAGAUUUUUCUCCUCAACCACACGUUCCUGCGCCGCAAGAGUCCUUGUCUCCAGUAACUGCCACCAGUAAUAUGUUGGAGAGAUUGUUGCGAAGGUCGGACCGAUUUUCUCCUGGAGGUUCCAGUGGUCUGGAGGAAUCCACCGGAAGCAUGACGGGAUUGCGUUAGAGUUGAUAAAGCAUGACGGGACUGCGCCAGGGUUAGUUCAACGUUUUGAUUACCUUGUGAAGAAAAUCGUUUAAGGAGGUAUACGGCACCAGAGAAAUUUGAUAUGGAUGAAAAUUGGAGGAUGUGUACAACACUACAUAUUUUGAAAUUUAAAAGUUUCAGAUUUACUUUAUUUAGUAAAAAGAAUGCAGUUUUAGUAGAAAAUGAUCUGAGAAAAAUUUCAACCCCCUGCUUUACUCGAACUUGCAGAUCUAGAAGGUCGGCUGACAUAAAUAUAAAGCAAUUUGGAAUAAAAAAAACUCACACACACAAUACAUCAGAUACAUGUGUAUACAAAGGAAUGCCAUUGAGUAUCAUAUUCGUAUUUUUUAUAUGAAAAGGUAGAU